CGCUCACUCUGAGCCGGGAGAGAGACGCUGCUGCUGCUGCUGCUCUCACACACACACACACGCACACGCACACACUCGGAGGCUCCGGAGAGAGGAGGAGACGGGAACACGCCUCCGCUGAUUCAGCCGCACCGCCACCACUGUGCUCAGCGGCGGCUCGGAGCAGGACGCGGAGGGAUAGAACAGUCAGUCGGACCGCGUCAUUCCCGGCGUGGAUGUGCGGACAGCGACCGAGGCGGGGAAGAGACGCACCGCCGCGCCGCUCUUCUUCUCCGGCUGAUCUGGUGAUCGUCUCCAGCCUGAAGGUUGAGCUGCUCCCAGACUGAGGAGCACCAUGACCCAGGAGGGGCAGGACCUGCUGUCCCCCGCCCCACCGGAGAACACAGUGGAAUCCAUGACCACCACAAACCAUCAGUCUUCAGCGGCACACGACCACGGCGAUGUGGAGGAGAGCGGGAGGGAAGAGGAGGAGGAAACCCAGGAGGAGAGAUGCAAGGACAAGGAGGGGAGGACAGAGUUAAAGAAGGGGGUGGGUGACGAAGAGGAGGGAUGCAGGAAUGUAGCAGCAGGCUCCACGGGGGAGGCGGAGGAGAGAGAGAAGGAAGCGGAGCGGCGAGAAGCGGGGCCUCCCCACAGGGAUGCAAGUCUGGCUAAUGGUGUUUGUCUGGAUGAAGAUGAGGAGGAGGAUGGUGGUCGGGAUGAAGAGGACUUGGAUGCCUUCAGUUCAAACUUCGAGUCAACGGUAGAACUGGCCGACACGGAGGUGGAGGAGCCCGAAGAGGAAGGUGUGAGGGACAGUCAGGACAGUCUCAGCUCACAGUUCGAGCAGAUCAUCGAGACGAUCGCGGAGGAAGACGAGGAGGAAGAGGCACGAGGGAUGGAAGAGGCCGGCGCCAUGGUGGACAAUAAAGACGGUUUCAGCUCCACGUUUGAGCGCAUCGUGGAGUCUGCCUUGCUCAGAGGCGGCACCUGCUACAGCAGUCUGGACUCUCUGGACGUGCUGUCGCUCACCGAUGAAACAGACAGCUGUGUCAGCUUCGACGCGCCGCUGACGCCGCUCAUCCAACAGAGGGCGCUGUUGCAGGGCCCAGAGCCUCUGGAGCUGGAGCUGGAGACGGUGCAGGAGCAGGACGGGGUCGAGGCCGGACCAGACGGCCUGGACGGUGAUCUCAGUGUCAAAGGCGCUGCGGUGGGAGGAAGCCCGCUGAAGACCACCAUACCAGGGAGCAGGUCGGAGUUUGUGCUGAGUCAGCCGGGACGCUGGGCCAACGCCAAUGGAUACCAUGUGGACCUGCUGGGGGGAUCUGAGGGUGGUGGAACCAUGCACAACUCGCUCAGCGACGCCAACCUCGCAGACGUGCUGUCUGACUCCGAGGAGGGGGACCUGGGCGGUCUGGAGCGCGGCAGCACCGACACUCUGGCCAACGGCUGCAGAGCCGACACCGAGGCCGCCAAGAGGCUAGCCAAGCGCCUCUACUACCUGGAGGGGUUCAAACGCUGUGACGUGGCUCGGCACCUGGGCAAGAAUAAUGACUUCAGCCAGCUGGUGGCGUCGGAGUACCUGAAUUUCUUCGAUUUCUCCGGCCUGUCGCUGGACCGGGCCCUGAGGAACUUUUUAAAAGCCUUCCCGCUGAUGGGGGAGACCCAGGAGAGGGAGCGAGUCCUGGUCCACUUCUCCAGACGCUUCUGCCAAUGUAACCCCCAGACUCCAUCCUCUGAAGGUCAGAGCUGUGAGGGUGAUGAUGCUGCUCAUAAUGACGGCGCCCACACGCUAACCUGCGCCCUCAUGCUCCUCAACACUGAUCUGCACGGACACAAUAUCGGGAAGAAGAUGUCCUGUCAACAGUUUAUCAGCAAUCUAGAUGGCCUGAACAACGGCAAAGAUUUCCCCAAAGAACUGCUGAAGGUCUUGUAUAACUCCAUCAAGAACGAGAAGCUGGAGUGGGCCGUUGAGGAAGAGGAGCUGAGGAAGAGUUUGUCGGAGCUGGUGGAGGAGCAGUGCGAGGGAGGGAGUAAACGUGUUGCCAGGGUAACAGACAGCAAUAACCCCUUUAUCGCCAUCCCCAUCCUGUUAAACGCCGUCACCUACAAACACGGCGUUCUGACCCGCAAGAGCCACGCCGACAUGGACGGCAAGCGCACCCCACGAGGUCGCCGCGGCUGGAAGAAGUUCUAUGCGGUUCUGAAGGGAAUGAUCCUGUACCUCCAGAAGGACGAAUACAAGCCUGAUGCUGACAUCUCCGAGGUGGACCUGAAGAACGCAGUGCGGAUCCAUCACGCCUUGGCCACCAGAGCCACCGACUACAGCAAGAGAGCCAACGUGCUGAAGCUGAAGACCUCCGACUGGAGAGUCUUCCUGCUGCAGGCCUCGAGCGAGGAGGAGAUGAUGUCGUGGAUAUUCCGGAUAAAUCUGGUCGCCGCUCUGUUCUCUGCUCCGGCGUUCCCCGCUGCUAUUGGCUCCAUGAAGAAAUUUUGCCGUCCAAUUUUGCCGUCGUCAUCCACCAGGCUCAAGCAGGAGGAGCAGCUGCUGAGUCAUGAGAGCAAGCUGAAGCAGAUGAGCCUGGAGCUAGAGGAGCAUCGGAAACACCCGCCCUCGUCCGACCCCAAAAGCCGCGAGUGGGAGGAGCACCGGCUCAAAGAGCACUACCUCACAUACGAGAAGACGCGCUACGAGACGUACAUCAACCUCCUCCAGGCCAAGCUCAAAGCGGAGACGGACGACCUGGAGAAGAUCGAGGCCAGCGUGAUGGGCGGGCUCUUCUUGGACGGCCGAGACUGCCUCCUCCGAAAAACCAAGUCCUCGCCGUCCAUCAGUCAGGCGCACGGCGGGUCGAACGGUCGGACGGCAGGAUACGCCGCGCCAGCGCAGCUGAGCUGAAGGCAACGGUCCCAGCCGGCUGCUGCGUCUUCCGGAGCGUGGUGACCGUCUUUGAGCAAUAGGUGGCGACGAGGAGCUUCGUCUGAAAUCCUGAACCUGCCAAAGUUCCUAGAACUUGAAUUCUUGCACAUGUAACUGAUCCUAACUGUGAUCCGUAUUUAAACCACCGUCAGUAUUAUUUCCAGAGAGCGAUUUAUUUUGUACGAGCUGGAGGCCGGAGAGACAGAGCUGAUUGUUUACUGGGAGAUGGUGGAAACGGUACUACUGUAGCAUGUUGGCCUUUUCCUCACUCACUUUUGGACCUACAGUACGGGUGCUUGUGGACAUAUCUGUGGCAGCCGAGCUCUCAAUAGUCCGUCCUUGUACAGGAUAUUUAUUUAUUUAUUUAAAGCUAUAUGUACAGCGGGCAGCAUGUUUGGGGUCACCAGAGGAACUCGAGUGCGAGUGCCUUACUGAGUGAACACAAACUGAAGGUACGUCCCAUCUGACGCACCACUGAGAGACCUAUCCGGUGUCGUGAUCACAAACAGCACGUGAGCUUGCCACUUCUCGGUCGGACUGGACGAAACAGGGUUUAAAUGAAGUCCUGUUGAGGCUCCAUGGCAUUUAAAAAUGGCUGCCGUGAAGACAGGUUUCAUGACAUGGCGGUUAAAUGCCUUUAACAUAGUUCCACCUGUUAGUGAGGACACAUAGCAACUGCCAACACUGAAUGGCUAAUCAUUUCAGCGCCACUUGUCUAUACGACAUUAGGAUGAAAUUGAAGACCAAAACUGCUUUUCUACUUUUGCUUCCAGUUUGUUUUCGCACUGGAGGAUACCACGUCUUUUGUAACCUGUACAAAGUCUGUAGAGCGACAACGCCUUCCACAUCAAAUAGUGUCUGGAAAAGCAGGCAGUUGACGGACGAUGACCCGCCUCUGGGUUAGCUCAUACCUGGUGAGUUUGCUAGCGCAGUAUCAACACAUCUGGCUGGAAGUCCUGCCCAAAACACUUCUCCACACACCUUCAGGAUAGUUAUGUUUAGAAGAGACGUCUCCCAUACUUCUUAAAAGCGGAGAUGCCUCGGACACGCUAGCUUGCCAUCUCCUAGCAUCACAACCAGAUGGCAUUCUUUGUUUUCACUCUGUCAUGACGCCAAUAGAAUAUUUCUUGUGGAUGUGAGACCUGUUAGUUAAAGAGCUUGAGUCAUAUCCCCAGACUGUUGUCCUUUAAGUGACUGAAUAUCAAAAUGUAGCGUAGCAAGUUCUCUGCUGCCGCGGAGCUAACGGCUGUCUGAAUGUUGACCCGGGGACGACGACAACAAGUCAGUGCUUGGUUCUGUGAAGCUUGUUCUCACGGCUCGCGUGAUCCAAAACAACACACUCAGUCCAGAGUUGGGGGCGCUGCUGUUCAUCGGUCACCUACAUGUGGUUUCUGUAGGCUUCCUGCGCUAGCGUCCAUCACUGCGCACUCGGUGUGAACACUCGCAAGUUAUUAGACGAUCACAGCUGGAACCUUGUACAGAGCAGACGUACCACUUCUGUUGGACUCACCCCGCCCUGGUACAGGGAGACCUCCCGCCCCUGCAAACCCCCCACACCCAUCACCCCUGGCUGUCGUGCUGACCCGUGUGUUCUAGGGUAGGCCUGUGCUGUAUGAUAGGACAGAAAUAUUUUUUUUAUUUAACUGAAAAAAGGACAAAGUUUGGCACUUUGAUGUCGGAAUCAGAUUUUUUUGUUUGUUUGUAUAUGCAAACAGUUUUUUGAAAUGAUGCUACAAUGUAAGGGACAUAUUUACUGAAUAUUUAGUCUGUGCUUCAUAAAUUGAGCUUUUAUACACUCGCUCUUG